AUGUGUAUGUAUUCGAUGAGCAGACGGCAGGAGUAUGCACCAAAACGUCAGUUGGGCGGUCUCGCCUGGGAUGCGAGAGUGUGUCAAGAGAUCUGUUUAAAGGGGAUCGUGACAGGCAUCGGAUCAGGCAAGCCAGGCUAUCAGUGGCCGCGCGGGCAUAGGCCAACAAGUCAUCACGGUCCUGUCUGCAGAUCUUCCUACGCCUGGGACCAAGACGAUACGACUCUCGAGUACCCCGCCUCACUCAAGACUUUUACACGCCUCAUCAACGGCGACAGGGCUACGGCAGUGUCUCGCCCGAGUCGUCAUCGUCGUCGUCGUCGGAAGAAGGAGAAGGGCAGCGACAGUCUGGGCCGUCAUCCGCGCCUGGGCUGCUGUACACUACUGUCUGUACCCUGGAACUGUUAUCGGCGUAAUUGGAUGCUUAGCUGUCGCGGUGGACACAAUAAGCCCCGGGUCAUGUGCCUUGCUGCGAAUGCGAGUGGGCGUGGGGAGAACGAGUCGUUCUGGCGGCGCACAAGACAGCACACAGCACCGUCGCACUCGGCCAGCAAUCUCAGCUGCAUGUGCGCACAACCAGCACACCGACAUAUUCUCCAUAGCGCCGCGCCAUGGUGCCCCCAGGCGCCGUGCUUGCACAUGGGCAUGAGCGAUACUUUCUGCCUCUGGCCAGCAGCAUGUCAUGGACACAGUUAUUUACAUCCAUUACGUCGCUGCAAGGAAUUCGCCGCGCCCCAAGCAUACCCAGCGCUUGCCUGUUGUUUCUGCACAUGGGCAGUCAAAGUGAAGGUUUGGUCACGUGCCCCUGCUAACUGCCGGCACGCGCUUGCCCUACUUACUUCCCCGGUGAGUACACAGCACAGUACGCAACCUCUCCAACUGCGCGUGUGCGUGCUGCUGCUCUGCGGAUGCGCUUAUCAUCACGCCCGUCCGCCUCUCCCUUCUCCCCCUCCCCCCAGCCCAUGGACCCACAAGGCAGGCACAGGCCCAGAGUCUUACGGCCGUCGUUGCGUAAGAGUUCUCCUCCCUCCUCCUCCCCUGCUGCUUGGUUCCUGCAGUUGCUGUACUUACUUGUACUCCCCCACUACACAUCGCCGGCGUCUGCGCCAUGCCUCCACCUUUGCGCAACUUCAACUUAGCGGGAUCCACGUCUUACGCACGCCUCCUGCGCCUCCAUCCGCCCAUCCAUCCAUCCAUCCACGGGAGGUUUAUUUUGGACAUGUUGACGUUGGUUACAUGGCGCUUGCACCACACCCCAAACUGCCUAGUACUUACCAAGAACCUCUCUGCUCUGCCGUCGUCUGCACUCUGUACUUCCCGAGACUACCUUCACCGGAGGUAUCGCCUGCCGUGCCAACUGUGUGCACGUGCUACGCCCACCCACCGUAA